AUGUCAGCCAGAAAGAGCUAUCUGCUCCCUUCGCCAAAUUAUCCCACAACAAUGUCAUGCUCGGAGAGCCCCGCCGCGAACUCUUUUUUGGUCGACUCGCUCAUCAGCUCCGGCAGAGGCGAGGCUGGCGGUGGUGGCGGCGGCGCGGGGGGCGGCGGCGGCGGUGGCUACUACGCCCACGGCGGGGUCUACCUGCCACCAGCCGCCGACUUGCCCUACGGGCUGCAGAGCUGCGGGCUCUUCCCGGCUCUGGGAGGCAAGCGCAAUGAGGCAGCUUCGCCAGGCGGCGGCGGCGGCGGCAGCGGGGGCCUGGGGCCCGGGGCGCACGGCUACGCGCCCGCGCCUAUAGACCUGUGGCUGGACGCGCCCCGGUCGUGCCGGAUGGAGCCGCCCGAGGGGCCGCCACCGCAGCAGACCCAGCAGCAACAGCCGCCCCCGCCGCAACCACCCCAGCCCCCGCCGCAGGCCACCUCUUGCUCUUUCGCGCAGAACAUCAAAGAGGAGAGCUCCUACUGCCUCUACGACUCGGCUGACAAAUGCCCCAAAGGCUCGGCCGCCGCUGCCGAGCUGGCCCCCUUCCCGCGGGGCCCGCCGCCCGACGGCUGCGCCCUGGGCACCUCCAGUGGGGUGCCAGUGCCCGGCUACUUCCGCCUCUCCCAGGCCUAUGGCACGACCAAGAGCUACGGCAGCGGCGGCGGCGCGCUGCAGCUUGGAGCCGGCCCGUUCCCCGCUCAGCCCCCGGGGCGCGGCUUCGACCCGCCACCCUCGCUAGCCUCCGGCUCGGCGGAUGCAGCCCGGAAGGAGCGAGCCCUCGAUUCGCCGCCGCCUCCCACGCUGGCUUGCGGUGGCAGCGGCGGGGGCUCGCAGGGCGACGAGGAGGCACACGCCUCGUCCUCGGCUGCGGAAGAGCUCUCCCCGGCCCCUUCCGAGAGCAGCAAAGCCUCGCCGGAGAAGGACUCCCUGGGCAAUUCCAAAGGCGAAAACGCAGCCAACUGGCUCACUGCAAAGAGCGGCCGGAAGAAGCGCUGCCCCUACACGAAGCACCAGACGCUGGAGCUGGAGAAGGAGUUUCUGUUCAACAUGUACCUUACUCGAGAGCGGCGCCUAGAGAUCAGCCGCAGCGUCCAUCUCACGGACAGACAAGUGAAAAUCUGGUUUCAGAACCGCAGGAUGAAACUGAAGAAAAUGAACCGAGAAAACCGGAUCCGGGAGCUCACAGCCAACUUUAAUUUUUCCUGA